AUGGCCGAGAGGUUUAGCAAACUAAGCCACAACGAAAAACACAAUAAAAGCACCAACCUCUCUCAGUUUCUUAACAAGAAGCUCAACGACGAGAGGAAAAGGUCUCUGGAGAACAACGACAAUAAAUUCUCAGAGAAAGUCUUAGAGUUGGAGCAUUCCUUGGAGAGUCGUUUACGGAUAUUCAAAGACAAGCGUCGGUUUCUUCAGACCGAGACCGACCAGAACCAGAGCCUUGCGGUUUCAUCCGACUGUGUUGCAUCAAGGUCGACCGAACAAAAUCAGAUGAUUUCUUCAGGCCGAGACAAGCGUCGGUUUCUUCAGACCGAGACCGACCAGAACCAGAGCCUUGCGAGCCUUGCGGCUUCGUCCGGCUUCACAACACAUUUAUCUCCGUCGCUAAAUCAACAAUGGACAGAGUCGUCAACGAACCAUCUCAGUGGUGGCUUCGCAACUGGUUCGUUGGAUAACCAUCAGAGCAAGUUCUCAAUCUUUCUCUAUAACCAUGACAACGGCAGCUUCUUUCAACUCGAUGACUCUGUUUACCAAGCGAUGGCUACUUAUGAUAAUCCGAGUAUGGGACAAGGGUUUGGUCUAAGAAGCUGCAGCAACAACAUGGCUAUGAUGCAGAGACAAAACCCACUUCUCCACUACGAUAUGCUCCUUUGA